AUGGCCAGGCCCUGUGCUUUUCUGAUGAUCCUGGUGGUGAUGAGCUACUGGUCAACCUACUCUCUGGGAUGUGACCUGCCUCAGACUCAUAACCUCAGGAACAAGAGAGCCUUGACACUCCUGACACAAAUGAGGAGACUCUCCCCUCUCUCCUGCCUGAAGGACAGAAAGGACUUUGCAUUCCCUCUGGAGAAGGUGGAUGCCCAGCACAUGCAGAAGGCUCAAGCCAUCCCUGUCCUGCAGGAGCUGACCCAGCAGGUCCUCAUCCUCUUCAGCUCCAAGGACUCAUCUGCUGCUUGGGAGACAGCCCUCCUAGACACAUUCUGCACUGACCUCCACCAGCAGCUCAGUGACCUGCAAGCCUGUCUGAUGCAGCAGGUGGGGGAGCAGGAACCUGCCCUGAGCCAGGAAGACUCCCUGGUGGCAGUGAGGAAAUACUUCCAGAGGAUCACUGUGUACCUGAGAGAGAAGAACCACAGCCCCUGUGCCUGGGAGGUGGUCAGAGCAGAAGUCUGGAGAGCCCUGUCUUCCUCAGCCAACUUGCUGGCAAGAUUGAGUGAGGAGAAGGAAUAAGUCCUGAUCAAAGUGGAGAGGACUC